AUGGCAAACCAGGAAUCCUUACGAGAGGUGUGGAAUACGUUUGCAGUUGGUGUUACGACAGUCCACGAGAUAGUUGUUGCUGAUAGUGACAUGCUCAUACGUGACGCAUAUACUGGAUGGCCUGGGUGUACGCAUGAUGCCCGCGUACUCCGUAAUUCGUCAUUGUUUGAUAAAGCUGAAAAUGGACAGAGUGUGACUCAAGGGAAAUUCAUUGUUGGAGACAGCGCCUAUCCUCUGAGAAACUGGCUGGUAACUCCCUUUCGAGACAAUGGUCGGUUGAAUGCUCAACAAAGGCGAUUUAAUAAAAGACUGUCUUCUGCAAGACAGGUUGUUGAGCGUGUAUUUGGGCAUCUAAAAGGAUGGUUCCGUAGGUUGCGAGAAUUACCAAUUCGAAAGUUGGACCGAAUAGUCAGGCUCAUUAUUUCAGGAUGUAUACUACAUAAUUUGUGCAUACUACAUCAUGAUGAUGUUGAGGAUUUCAUUGAAAAUGAUCAGGAUGGCCACCCAAAUGCCUAUCCAAAUAUCUAUGCUAACAGAGGGGAUGGAGUAGCACUUCGGCAGCAAAUCAUGAACACCAUGCAGGCGUGA